CCGACAGGGCUACUUUUUUUUCCCUUUCUUUCCUUUGAAGUCUUGUUCAGACCAAACAACACAACUCUCGACUGCUACAAACCCAUCUGUCCAAAUCCACAAACCCUCACAUCCCACCGCAAACAUGAACACUGUCAAAUCAUUCUGGCUUGGAUGGGGCUCUCUCUGCGCAGCCGGCGGAGCUGCCUACUACUUUGCCAAGCAGAGCAUCAACGCCGAUCGUGCAGCCCGCUUCGAGGAGCAGCGCCAGAAGAAGAUGAUGGUCCAGUCUCUUGAGUACGGCGACAACGUUCCCUCCCAGCCCGGCUCCGCGUCCGCCAUGGCCGGAGCUGCGCGCACCGACACCGCCGGCUCCCCCAGCCAGGAGUCCAGCUCCGAUCCAGCACCGACCCGCCACGCCCCGGCGACCGAAGCGCAGAGAGUGACGGAGAAGAGCAAAUACGAAAGUAGUACGCCGUUCAGGAGUACAAAGGGAGAUCGAUUCUCAUAGGCACAGGAACGAGGCGGUGGAUGGACCGAGCUCGUGUAGUAUAAUUGUUU